AUGAAGAAAGUGAAAACUGAGUCGGACGGCAGCGUGGCCAAAUCUCUGCCUGCUCCAAAAGGAUCUAAGGCAAAUGGUGGUAGCUCCACUUCCACCACUAAUAACGCUGAUUCCAAGGGCUCAGAUAAACCAAAGGCUUACACCAUCAAGUACAAAAGACCCAGGGGUUCCAGAGCAUGUACCGUGUGCCGUGCCCGUAAGGUUCGUUGUGAUGCUGAAAUCCAUAUUCCUUGUACAAACUGUAUUACUUUUGGCUGUGAGUGUGUACUUCCAGAAACGAAGAAAAGGGGACAAGCGCAAGAUCUGAAACCACUGAAGAAGAGAACCAAGGAGGAAGAUAAGGAGGACGUGGCUCAUACCCACCCUGUGCCUCAUGCCCAUACCCAUCAACACCACCCACAUCACCACCACCCAGAGGCUGCCCCUCCGAUGACUCCGUCCCAGUCCUUGACCAACGCCAAUGCUGUAUCUUUGCUGGCGGCUGAACCCAUCCAUAACAUUUCCCAAGUCAGCGUGCCUCCUUCGUUGACGCUGAAUUACAAAACAAGACCUUCCAUGCACAAGAAAGAUAUGCUUAAUUCCAAGGCCAAGGCGGCACUUACCUUUGUCGGCCACUCCAGUAUCGGUGCUGUGACGCUGAGAAUAGGCCAGAACCACGUUCAACUUACAGAGGACUUGUUUGAAGCUAGCGAUAACUCCUCUGCCGAUUCUGUGGAGCUCGAGAUCUUGAAGAUGAGAGGUGCUUUCCUCUUACCUCCUAAGCAGUUGGCUCUAGAUAUCAUAGAGUCGUACUUUGAGCACAUUCAUCCACUUAUGCCUGUGAUCAACAGAACUGAGUUUAUGCGCAAGUUUAAUGAUCCAAACGAUAGCCCGUCGCUUAUGCUUUUGCAAGCUGUUCUAUUAUGUGGUUCGCGUGUGCUGAAUAAUCCGCUUCUUUUCGAUAGUAAGGGUCAGAGUAACUUGGCUUCCUUGACCUUCUUCCGCAGAGCAAAGUCUUUGUACGAAACGAAUUACGAGAGUGAUCCUGUCCUGAUUAUCCAAACCGUUAUUCUUAUCGGUUCCUAUUGGGAAGGUCCCGAAGAUGUCACCAGAAACUCGUUCUACUGGACUCGAGUCGGUGUAGGUUUGGCUCAAGGUUUCGGAUUCCAUCGUGACGUCUCAGCAUCUCCAUCGCUUUCGGAGGUUGACAAGAAGGUUUGGCGUCGUAUUUGGUGGUGUCUCUUUGAAAAGGAUCGUAAUGUGGCCAUCGCUUUCGGUAGACCUCCAACCAUCAACUUGACUGACUGUGACGUGCCAAUGCUCGCAAUGGAAGAUUUUAAUGAGGACGAACCAGAAAAUGGUCUCGUGUCCCCAUACCCAGUGAACGAACUUCAGGCGUUGUACUUCAUCCACUUGGUCAAAUUGGCCGAGAUCACUGGUAUCAUCAUCAAGCAUCAGUACACAGUAAAGGCAGAACUGAUGAAGCGCGUCAACAAGUUCAGUGUUAUCCAACACUGCGAUAUGCUCAUGGGUAUCUGGUUCACAAACUUGCCCCCUCAACUACUGUUUUCGCUUACGGAACCCACAAAGCAGAAUUUCUAUGCCUGUCUUCUAAAUGCUCAGUACUAUAACCGGUUAUAUUUGAUCCACAGAGCAAACUUGUUGAGAAUGGCCCGUUCUUCCUCGACCAAUCCAAACAACUACAAGUAUCCAUCUUGGGGUAUUUCUUUCCAAGCUGCGAGAAUGAUUUCUAUCGUGUCAAAGAUCUUGCUUGAUAAGGGUGCGCUCAAGUACUGUCCUGUUAUGUUCGUCUACAUUCUUUUCAGUGCUUUAGUUAUGUUGAUUUAUCACGUUGACUCAACAAAUCCAGUCAUUGCUUCAACCGCAUCUGACGCUUUAUUCAUCUCCAGAGCUGUUUUGAAAGAACUUGCCAAGUACUGGUCUAUCGCAAGUGUGCUUAUUAAGUUGUUUGAUAAGUACGCUAAUGACAAGAUGAAGAGAGCUGAGGUCAUCGAGAGAAACAACCAAAUCGUGGACCACCAAGAGCGCCAGAAGUCAAGAUACACUGACAACAGUACGAUUACACGCCUGGAGCGUUUGCACCAUGAGAAAGAUCCCCAUGGUGGACCUGUUUCGCCAGCCAAUCUGGCCACUUCCGGAGUAUCUCCUCGUGGAAGCUCGUACAACUACACAACUCCCCCACAAACGCUGCAGCCGGUGCCAAAACCACCCCAGCCAGAUAUCGAGCAGCUUGUGCGUCAGUUCAAAAAUAAGAAGGAAUCCGAAGAACAAAAUAACGGCCAGGAGCAAGCUUCUCUGCACAAGUCAAAGUCCAGCCAUUCUAAUGGCGAACACACACCAUCCUCGGUUAACUCCUUCCCUGACAUAUCGUUAGUUACAGAGAAGGUACCUCCAUCACAAGGUUUCUUCGAGAAUUUCGAACCUACGCAAUUGUUCCCAACGGCUAACUUCAGCCAUCCACCAUCACGCUCUCAGACCCCAGUGGUCAAGACGAAGGACGACGGUGGAGCCACAGACGAGGAACCUACUAUGGACGAUCCUGUUCAACCUGAACACAUCGAUACUCAAGUUCCUCCUCCACACAUUCCAAUGCAAGCUGCUCAACCACAAAAUGGUGGACCUUUCGGAGCUGCUACCAGCGCUGGAGCUCCUAAUGACCUCUUUACGAAUUUUAUGGACAGCUCGUUCAUAAAUAUGAACCUUCAGGCUACUGCAGAGGAGGAGAAUUACUUGAACGAUGACUUGGGAUCAUUGUUGAAUUUCCAACCUAUGUAA